AUGCCACAAUCACGACGGAGAUCUGUACAGCACGCGCUAGCGGAGGCCACAGGAGCACAACAAGUGCAACAGCGCAUGCGCGCUGACCAGGCCUUUGCGCUGUUCCAGCUGGCAUUGCAAAUAUAUCGCGGCGAAGCGCCUGAGGAUGCAUUGGACGCGCUGCUGCAAGAGCAUGGGGUUCGCAACGUCACGCGAAAGACACUGAAAAAGCUUUUACCACAUCAUGAUAGCUUGUCAAGCCGCGCCCCAAGCAGCCGUGUGGUUGCACAGCUGUACGAAGUCACCGAAAAAGAAUUGAAUGCUCCUCGAGGGCGAGCACGGCAUGUCGCAUCGCGUCACGAUGGUCGAACAAUUCUAAUUCCGUCGGAGCGGGAGCUACUUGCCCAGCAUGUUGCUACCUUUGCGGAUCACAAUUUGUCCAGGACACGGGCACACGUUAUCAACGUUAUGCGGGACCUGCUAGAGAUACGCCGUAACUUGUUGGAAACGGCCAAACGCAACCAGCUGCCCGAGGCUGACCUGAUACCCGCGCUGACACAACGAGAACUCUCCUUUUUGUCUCGAUUUGAUGGCCCACGCGCCCAGAGCAGAAACUCACAACGCACACCCCUGCGCGAGCACUGGUUUGAAGCAUGGGAACAUGAGUUUGGAUUACGGCUUGUUGGCGCAAGAGCCCAAGAUUCACGCAGAGUGGCCGCCGCCACACGCUUGCGUUGUGACGCACACUUUGAAGAAUUUGGCAAGGCUCUAAAAGAUCUUGGAUUUUUGCACCUCUCCGGACCCCAUGCCGGAACAAUUCGCGGUGAUCGCUUGUUCCACAUUUGGUGCGUGGACGAAAUGCCCGGUUUAAAAGCCGGUUUUGGAUCAUUGCGGGUUUACUCUCGCAACGACCGGCACAUCGAUCGAGGCGCUAUGGCGGGGCAGACCUACAACCGAACUGUGACUCUUGUCAUGGCCAUCGCCCUUGGUGGAGCACUAGCGCCACCUCUGCUCAUCCACAAGCGUGCCACACUCUCUAAAGACACAAUUGCCGCUCCCAUCAGCCUGCCGGAAACGCUCGUGACGGACACAAAGCUACAGCACUUUGCCAGUUGUGCCAAUGAGACGGGCUGGAUCACUCGUCGUCUAUUCUUAGCAUUUUGUCGUCGACUUCGUGCCUUUACUGGACAUACCGAGCCUCUGUUGCUCAUUUCCGACGGCCAUCGAACGCGCAUCUCGGCCGAAGUUGUGGCAUACUUGCGCUCGAUCAACAUUUUCCUUUUUUUAAUUCCACCAUACACAAGUCAUUGUCUCUCCCCUAGUGAUCAAUGGCAUCAACAUGUUUCUCGUGAUCGCAUUCGCAAGUUGGUUGGUAUGACCUCCGGUCGAGCUGCAACGGCUGCAGAAGAGUGCUGCGCUCUCUAUCACGCCAUUCACGAGCAGAGCAGUCAUCCUGACUGCAUUAUCGCAGCGUGGAAGGCGGCAGGCAUCACCCGAACGCGUUGGGGUUGGGAUUUGAUGUCCAACAAGCCACCUCCUGAGACCGUGGAUGAGAUACACCGGGCCCCUUCUCCUCCUCCAAUUACACCACAGACUCUGCCCCCGUCUGCGUCCCCUCCUGACUCCCUUGACCUCACGAGCACACCGCGCACGCUAGUACGUUGGGCCCAAAGGGCACACGACUACAUUCAAGCCGCUCAACCGGAUUUAAAGCGCCUUGACAAACUUGAACAUGAGAUCAUCGACAUAGCAGCACACCAGCAGUGCUUUAUUGACAAGUUGAGUCAAGCUGCCGCUGGAAGCCAGAGCAAACGGGCCAAGGUGGAGGGCAUUCACGGACUAUUAGUGCGUGACGAGCCACUACAGCGUCUGCGCCAGGUCAGCGACCGCGCAGCAGGUCAAGUUGACAAGGCCCAACGCCGUGCCACUCUCUGCGCUAGUCUAGAACAAAUACAGCAAGUACUGAACCUACCAGGCACCAGCAAAAGCGACCUUCAAGCAGCAUGCCGAGUAGAAGGCAUAUCCGUCACUGGAAAUAAACCAGAUCUUUUGAGGCGCCUCCAGUACAAAUUGGGCCUUCCGGCUUUUCCAACUGCUGCUAAAACCGAUGCCCCCGCGCCCUCGGCACCACCCACAACACCAGCGAUGCAGGAGAGCACAGCUGCGUCAGCUCAGGCUGCCUUGGACAGCGGUGCGAGGUUAGAGACUGUGGACAUUUGUCACACGGAAGCCUCAAACGCCCCCACUGCAAAUACAACAUGCCCUGCCCAAACCCUAGAUGGUUCAGAAGCGGCUUGUGGUGAUGUCAAUGCGUCUCUCGACCGCGCACAAGAUGACAGCAAGCCAGGAGCCAUCAUCGGAAACAUCUCGAGUUUACACACCUUUUUCCGAAAGUGA